UCAGGCAAACUUGUCACUGUCACAAUCAGAAAAUAAAUAAAAAUCUAACCUAAAAAUUCAAAUUGAAUUGUAAAUACAUAUUUAAGAAUGUAAACUACUGUAUAGGUGUUACUUUUAGUACAUUUGUAAUAAGAUAUUAAAAAUGUCUAACAUAGUUCAAUAUGUUUUACUUCGAAGUGAUCUCCUAAAGGAGCUGGGUUGGUCCAUUGGAGCCUUGGUGGCACAGGCCUGCCAUGCAUCAACAGCUGUGCUGCAUUUACAUAGGGAAGAUGAAUGUACUAUUCAGUAUUUGAACGAUUUAGAUAAUAUGCAUAAAGUGGUCUUGGAAGUCCCUAAUGAGGAAUCACUGAAGAAAGUAGCUGCUAAGUUAGAAGAAAACUCUAUUGCACAUAAACUGUGGAUUGAGCAGCCUGAGAAUAUUCCUACAUGCUUAGCAAUCAAACCCUAUCCUAAGGAAGAGCUAAAAAAAUAUGUAGGGAAAUUUAAAUUGUACAAAGCUACAAUGGAAAGCAUUAAAGGAUAGUAAAUUAUUAUGUUCA